CCUCUCCCCCGCCCGCCCGCCGCCAUGGGCGCCGCGGCCCUGCGCGCCCUGCCCUGGGCGCUGCUGCUGCUGGGGCCGCUGCUGCCCGGGCAGGUCCUGCAGGCCAACCCCAUGCUCACCUCCGAGGGCCAGCCCGCGCCGCUGCCCGGCGGAGACGUGCCGGGCUUCACCGCCGCGCCGCCCGCCGCCCCCGAGGAGAUCCACCCGCUGAAGGAGCAGCCGGCCAACGGCUCGGGAGAGGGGCACGCCAAGCACCGCAAAGCCUUCCCGGUCAUCGGCAUCGACUACACGCACGUCCGCAUCCCCUUCGAGAUCUCCCUCUGGAUCCUCCUGGCCUGCCUCAUGAAGCUGGGCUUCCACGUGAUCCCGUCAGUGUCCAGCAUCGUCCCCGAGAGCUGCCUGCUCAUCGUGGUGGGCCUUCUGGUCGGGGGGCUCAUCAAGGGGGUGGGUGAAAAGCCCCCCAUCCUCAAGUCGGACAUCUUCUUCCUCUUCCUCCUGCCCCCCAUCAUCCUGGAUGCCGGCUACUUCCUGCCCCUGCGCCCCUUCACCGAGAACCUGGGCACCAUCCUCAUCUUCGCCGUGGUGGGCACGCUCUGGAACGCCUUUUUCCUGGGGGGGCUGAUGUACGCCGUGUGCCAGCUGGGCGGGCCCGGCCUCAACCACAUCGGCCUGCUGGCCAACCUGCUCUUCGGCAGCAUCAUCUCGGCCGUGGACCCCGUGGCCGUGCUGGCCGUCUUCGAGGAGAUCCACAUCAACGAGCUGCUGCACAUCCUGGUCUUCGGGGAGUCCCUGCUCAACGACGCCGUCACCGUCGUCCUGUACCACCUCUUUGAGGAGUUUGCCAGCUUCGAGCAGGUGACCAUCUUGGACAUCAUCCUCGGCUUCCUCAGCUUCUUCGUGGUGUCUCUGGGCGGGGUCCUGGUGGGCGUCAUUUACGGGGUGAUCGCCGCCUUCACGUCCCGCUUCACCUCGCACAUCCGCGUCAUCGAGCCCCUCUUCGUGUUCCUCUACAGCUACAUGGCCUACCUGUCUGCUGAGCUCUUCCACCUCUCCGGCAUCAUGGCGCUCAUCGCUGCUGGUGUGGUCAUGCGGCCCUAUGUGGAAGCCAACAUCUCCCACAAGUCCCACACCACCAUCAAGUAUUUCCUCAAGAUGUGGAGCAGUGUGAGCGAGACCCUCAUCUUCAUCUUCCUGGGUGUCUCCACGGUGGCUGGUCAUCACUACUGGAACUGGACCUUCGUCAUCAGCACGCUGUUCUUCUGCCUCAUCGCCAGAGUGCUGGGUGUCCUUGUCCUCACCUGGUUCAUCAACAAGUUCCGGAUCGUGAAGCUGACGCCGAAGGACCAGUUCAUCAUCGCCUACGGGGGCCUGCGGGGAGCCAUCGCCUUCUCCCUGGGCUACCUGCUGGACUACAAACACUUCGGCAUGAGGGACAUGUUCCUCACUGCCAUCAUCACUGUCAUCUUCUUCACCGUCUUCGUGCAGGGCAUGACCAUCCGGCCCCUGGUGGAUCUGCUGGCUGUGAAGAAGAAGCAGGAGACGAAGCGCUCCAUCAACGAGGAGAUCCACACGCAGUUCUUGGAUCACCUUCUGACAGGGAUCGAGGAUAUCUGUGGUCACUACGGGCAUCACCACUGGAAGGACAAGCUGAACCGCUUCAACAAGAAGUAUGUGAAGAAGUGCCUGAUCGCAGGGGAGCGCUCCAAGGAGCCCCAGCUCAUCGCCUUCUACCACAAGAUGGAGAUGAAGCAGGCCAUCGAGCUGGUGGAGAGCGGGGGCAUCGGCAAGAUCCCCUCUGCAGUCUCCACCGUCUCCAUCCAGAACAUCAACCCCCAGACCCUCCCUUUGGAGCGUGUCCUUCCAGCUCUGUCCAAGGACAAGGAGGAGGAGAUCCGGAAAAUCCUCCGCACAAACCUGCAGAAAACCAGGCAGAGGCUGCGAUCCUACAACCGGCACACGCUGGUGGCUGACCCCUACGAGGAAGCCUGGAACCAGAUGCUCCUGAGGAGGCAGAAGGCCCGGCAGCUGGAGCAGAAGAUGAACAAUUACCUGACGGUGCCGGCGCACAGGGUGGACUCUCCCACCAUGUCCCGGGCUCGCAUCGGCUCAGACCCGCUGGCCUACGAGCCCAAGGAGGACUCGGAGAACCUGCCCAUCAUCACCAUCGACCCGGCCUCGCCGCAGUCCCCCGAGUCCGUGGACCUGAUGAGCGAGGAGCCCAAGGGCUGCAGCGGCCUCCCACCCUCGCCCGAGGAGGAUGAGGAGGGGCUGGUGAUGCGGGUGAAGGAGCCUUCCUCGCCGGGGACUGACGACGUCUUCACCCCGGGCACCAGCGACAGCCCCAGCAACCAGCGGAUGCUGCGGUGCCUGAGCGACCCCGGCCCGCGGCCCGAGCCCGAGGAGGGGGAGCCCUUCAUCCCCAAGGGGGAGUAGCUGCUGGCACAAAGCCUCCAAAUCGUUUCUCUCUCUCUGUUCAUUCAUUCGUUCUUUGCUCUCCGUUUUGGUUUCUUGUCACUACACACUGGGUUCAGGAAGGGGAGAGUGUCCUGGAUGGACUGGGAUUGCCAGGACAGCUCUGCCCAGCGAGCCCUGGGCUGGCCCCAGUGAGCAGGGAAGGAGCCCUGGCAUGCCCCGGGCUCCUUGUGCUGCGUGGCCUGGGGGUGAUGGACAAUUUUCCGCCCGGGAUUGGGAUUUGCAGGUGCCUCACAGCCCCCGCGGGGCUCUCCCAGAGGUGCCCACCCACUCAGGACCUGCGGCCGGCUCUGACCAGGGGUCUCCACACUCACUCCCAUGGCACCGCUUCCCCUCUCCCCUCUUGUGCUUUCUUGCCCCCUCGCCUUGCUCCGGAGCGGAGAGAUGGGACAGCAGGAGCUGUCACCGGGGCUGGCACACACAGACACGCACACAGACACGCACACAGACACACAGACACACACACACACUCCCCCUGCGCCCUCCCCGGGCUCCUGCCGCUGCUCCCUCGCCUUGGCAGCUUCCCCGUGGGACCGGCUGUGCCUGGGGUCCUCCCUCCUGGCCUCACAUUUCAUGCCAGGUCUUUU